CCAUCAAUUUCCUCAUCUUUACGCAAACGCUUUUACUGAUCAAAGCCUGUAAAAGGAUCUUUUCUUUGCGGAUCAUAGCCUUUUAAGCCUUGGGUACUUUCUAUAAUGGCUUUUUCUAGCAGCUUCUUUUAAUGGUUUUGUGGUAAUUAGCAACAAAAAUCUCUCUGCAGAUCUCUGUCUCCUCUUACGUUAUAUUCCUUUUCGACUUUCCCGUGGUCUGUUUCCUUUUUUCCCCCUGGAAUUUACCUUCUCUCUCUCUCUCUCGAAAAGAAGAGAGAGAAAUAGGAAUGGAUUCUGGUAAUAGUGGGAGUCUACAGUCAUCUAGUGGUGGUGAUGAAGAAUACGAUUCACGCGCCGCCUCUAUCUCAGCUUUCAUGAGUAACCCAACACCCCAUGUUGGCCCUAUUUCUGAAUCAUCACAGCCACUUCAGCCGCUGCCGCCACAAAACCCCAGUCACACAGCCAUGUUUGAUCCACUAUCAAAUUAUUUACAUCUUCAAAAUCCGAGCUUACUUUAUAAUCCAAACAUGAUCUUAUCCAAAACCCUAGGAUCUGAUCCAUCCACUAAUAUCACCAACCCUAUACUCUCCUCUUCUCCAUUUCUGGACACUUUCAGUAAUGUUCGAUCUCCUUUAGUUUCUGCAUCACCAGUACCAGCUUCUGUGUCAGGACCUUCUGAUAAUCAUAAUCUUAAUCAAGUUGUACGUAACCCAAAGAAAAGAUCGAGAGCUUCUAGGCGUGCACCAACUACUGUUUUGACUACAGAUACCACCAAUUUCAGAGCCAUGGUGCAGGAAUUCACGGGCAUCCCUGCGCCACCCUUCACUUCCUCACCCUACCAGAGAAGUAGGAUUGAACUUUUUGGUAAACCCACUGUGGCCGUCAGAUCUAGCUAUUUGGAUACUGCACAGCCGCCAUAUCUUCGCCGGCCGUUUCCUCAGAAAAUGCAACCACCACCAGCUCCUCCGCCGCUGCUGCCACCAUCAUUUCUUUCAUCUGCUUCAUCUUCUUUUCUGUACCCUCCUCAAAGUUCCAAUCUUUUCACUACACUCCUUCAUCCCACUAUGAAAUUUCCUCUUGCCAACUCGACCGCCAUGAUCGGCUCAAAAGCUCAAGAAUCAUUAGAAAUUCCUUCAAAUGAUUCACAUAUGAAAAUGGGGAGCUUGGAUGAAUAUGCAGUGAGUGCAAGAAAUGGUGAUCAAGUUCAAGUGAGUGGCAAUUACUACCACUUUCCGACAAAUUCUACGAAUGGAAAGAUGAAUUACUUGGCUAAUUCUCCUCCCAGCUUUCACGGCGAAAAGGGGCCGGAUAGUGUGGCGGCCACAAAGGGUGAAGGUACGGUGGAAUCAUGGAUAUGUUCUUCUUCAGACUAGAAAUGAUUAUACUAUAGAAAGUAUAAUCUUGUAAUUAUGAGGGUUAUGAUAAAAACAUUGAAAAUAUUUGAUUGAUUAGUGUAAUAUUGAUUAUCUUAUCCACAAUUCAGAUCAGACAGGUAGAUCACAUUGUACUAGUGCUUAAAUUAUGUGUAAAUUAUAGUCUUCAUUUUUUUUAA